AUGAGUGGGAGAGAGAGACAGGAGGGUAUUUAUAACGGCAGCUGGACCGUUUUAAAGGAAUCCAAAUGGGAGUCGGAAUUGCAAGAGCCAAGAGGCGCUCAUGCCUUUUUCUUGUCCUUGUGCGAUUCGGAUUUUUUCCAGUUAUUAAAUUACCCAAAUGACCUCAUUUCUAUUACUAGUACUCCUAAGUUGGUCAAGUAUUGUGGUGAAAGUGGACUCCGAGGAGAUCGCAAGGGCUGCGUUGCUAGAGAAAGGUUUGCACCCAGCAAGGUUAAUAUUGAUGGCCUGGAAACAGAAGAAGAGAGCAACCGUCAAACAGCUCUGAUAGUUCCAGAUCAUGGCAAGCAAGAGAUGAUGAAGAAAGUGUAA